AUCGAAGUAGGUUCUACACGGUUUGAUAUCACGCUAGGGUACCCACCAUUUCUCCUACUUUCGAAGCAUUCACUAUGGUUCUAGUACUCACUUAACACUCCACGACUAAUCAUUCUCUCGUAAUUUACUUGUAAUUCUCUUAACGGUUAUCAAACGCCGCGGAUUAAGAUCUUGUGCAAAGUGAUUGAAUUAUGAAAUGUACAAGAAAAUAUGUACUAAUAGUUUUUGAAGUGAUUUGAAUUUGGAGUCUUAACUUAAACCUCGACAAGUAAAACAAUGUGUGGGUCACGCCUGUCAAUAAUAACAGCAUGUUUGGCUGUAAUUAACUUGUGUACCUGCGCAAAUAUACUGAUGAUCACGAUGGGAGGAACCAAAUCUCAUAAAAUUCCUUUUUGGGAAUUGGCGAAAGGACUCAUUCCACGUGGGCACAAUAUCACUUUCAUAAACGCUUUUUCUGCCGAUUUUCAUAUGAGAGGCCUGGAGGAGAUAACACCAGCCAGUGUAGUGUUUUACGUGAGAAACUUCACCAACUGGGACCUAGUAGGUGCGAGAAUGCGAGGGGAAGAACCGGUACCUCCUCAAGAUAUGGUUAGGUAUGCAACUGAGGUUUGUGAUGUUUUGUUAUCAGAUCCCGAAACUCAAGAUUUUCUCGAAGAAAAACAUCACUUUGAUUUACUCAUACUAGAUGGAGCGUAUCCGGAAUGUGCUUUGGGAUUCGUCCAUCAUUUCAACGUUCCUUUUAUGUACAUUAAUACCGUAGGCUUUUACACAGGAUCUCUAUCCAUUGCCGGAAAUCCCACACCUUACGCCGUAACGCCGUUUUUGUCUUUGGCUUAUACGGAUAAUAUGAAUCUCUAUCAGAGAACCACGAACACUUUGAUGCAUUUGCUGGCUAAUACUGUCCAUUCGGUGUUGAUUAGAUGGUCACUGCAAGAUAUAAUCAGGAAACAUUUUGGUCAAGAUGUUCCACGUAUAUACGAAAUGUCGCAAAAUGUCAGCUUCAUUCUACAAAAUGGUUAUGCACCGAUGACGUAUCCUCGGCCGUAUUUACCGAAUGUUGCGGAAAUUGCAUGUAUUCAUUGUAAAAAAGCGAAUCCGCUUCCGGAAGAUCUCGAGGAAUUCAUUAGAGGUGCUGGAGAUGCUGGUUUCAUCUACUUCAGCAUGGGUUCUUCGGUGAAAGCCGUAAAUAUGCCAAUAUAUUUGAGACAACUGCUCAUUAUGGUUUUCAAGAAUUUACCACAGAGAGUCUUAUGGAAAUAUGAAUCAGAAGACGAUGUUGUUGAUAUGCCAAGCAACGUCAAAUUAGGGAGGUGGUUACCGCAACAAGACAUAUUAGGUCACCCAAAAUUGAGAGCGUUCGUAACUCAUGGAGGUCUUCUAAGUAUGUUCGAGACGGUCUACCAUGGAGUUCCGAUAGUAUCUCUGCCAGUUUUUUGCGAUCACGAUUCAAACGCAGCCAAAGCCGUAACCGAUGGUUAUGCCAUCAAAUUAGAUCUCUCCACGUUAACAGCUGAAAAACUCCUCUGGGCUAUUAGAAAGGUGAUCCACGAUCCUAAAUACAGAGAAGAAGUAAAGAGAAGACAGUAUCUGCUUAUGGAUCAAUCGGAAACUCCUCUUCAACGAGCUGUGUACUGGACGGAGUACGUUUUGAGGCAUAGAGGGGCGAAGCAUCUUCAAUCACCAGCAAGACAUCUAGGGGUAAUUCAGUAUUACUUGAUAGAUGUCGCUUUGGUGAUGAUUUUCAGUUGUAUUUUGAUUUAUUAUAUUCUUAAAUUGUUACUUAGAAUGUUGGUUAAAUACCUUGUUAAUAGUGAGUUAUAUGUUGAUAGGAAACACUUUAAAGUUAACUGAAUAAAUUGAUUAUAUUUUAAAUAAA